GAUCUGGGUUUUUGUUCUUGAUUAGUAAAAUAACAAAAGGGGGUUUUUCAGAAAUGGCUGCGAGCGAUGAAGUUAAUCUUAUUGAGAGCAGAACAGUGGUUCCUCUCAAUACAUGGGUUCUAAUAUCCAACUUCAAAGUAGCCUACAAUAUCCUGCGUCGUCCCGAUGGAACCUUUAACCGACACUUAGCUGAGUAUCUAGACCGUAAAGUCACUGCAAACGCCAAUCCUGUGGAUGGGGUGUUCUCGUUCGAUGUCUUGAUUGAUCGCAGGAUCAAUCUUCUAAGUAGAGUCUAUAGACCAGCUUAUGCAGAUCAAGAGCAACCUCCUAGUGUUUUAGAUCUCGAGAAGCCUGUUGAUGGCGACAUUGUCCCUGUUAUAUUGUUCUUCCAUGGAGGUAGCUUUGCUCAUUCUUCUGCAAACAGUGCCAUCUACGAUACUCUUUGUCGCAGGCUUGUUGGUUUGUGCAAGUGUGUUGUUGUCUCUGUGAACUAUCGGCGAGCACCCGAGAAUCCAUACCCUUGUGCUUACGAUGAUGGUUGGAUUGCUCUUAAUUGGGUUAACUCAAGAGCUUGGCUUAAAUCCAAGAAAGACUCAAAGGUUCAUAUUUUCCUGGCGGGGGAUAGCUCGGGAGGUAACAUUGCGCAUAAUGUAGCACUAAAAGCGGGUGAAUCAGGAAUCAAUGUUUUGGGGAACAUUCUGCUGAAUCCUAUGUUUGGGGGGAAUGAGAGGACGGAGUCUGAGAAAAGUUUGGAUGGGAAAUACUUUGUGACAGUUAGAGACCGUGAUUGGUAUUGGAAAGCUUUUCUACCUGAGGGAGAAGAUAGAGAGCAUCCAGCGUGUAAUCCGUUUAGCCCAAGAGCGAAAAGCUUAGAAGGAUUGAGUUUCCCCAAGAGUCUUGUGGUUGUCGCAGGUUUGGAUUUGAUUCGAGAUUGGCAGUUGGCUUACGCGGAAGGGCUCAAGAAAGCGGGUCAAGAGGUUAAGCUUAUGCAUUUAGAGAAAGCAACUGUUGGGUUUUACCUCUUGCCUAAUAACAAUCAUUUCCAUAAUGUUAUGGAUGAGAUUUCUGCGUUUGUAAACGCGGAAUGUUAACGAACGUUAACAAGGUGUUUAGAGAAAGAAGGUUGUUUUAACAGAGCCAAGAAAUCUUUCAAACUAACAAACAGGUGAAUGUAUUGCCUGUGGAUUCUCUCGGUUAGUUUUGUUUUUGUGUUUAGUAUCUAAGUGUGUGGAGGUUUGCGGCAGCCUUUGUGAUGACUGUUUAAACGCUGGAUUCUGAAACGCUAAAGCUUGUGGAAGAAUAGUGAGGCGUUUAGAGACUUGGAAAGGAACAAAGCAGUAGUAAAAAUUUCUCCUUUUU